AUGUCUGGACUCUUUAGCGGAAUCUUCGGCAGCGAAAGCCAUGUCCCGUCGACGUGGGAAAGGCUCACCACGACGGCAGAACCGCUAUUCACCAACCCGCUCAACCUCGUCCUCCUCUCGAUCCUCAUCUACAUCGCCCUACCACUACUCCUGCCCUCGUCUCCGACCUCGGCCAAAUGGACGCCCACCAUCGCCCAGGCGCGUUCGCACGCCACGGCGCCGUCGGACCGCUACUCGUACCUCCCGCCGCGCCACCCGGACACGGUCGAGUGGAAGCGGUACACGCCGCGCACCCUCGCCCUCUACGACGGCACCGACUCGUCGGCCUCGCCCCGCAUCCUGCUCGCCAUCAACGGCAAAGUCUUUGACGUCACGUCUGGCAAGAACUUUUACGGGCCCGGAGGUCCCUAUGGCAACUUUGCCGGCAGGGACGCGAGCAGGGGCAUGGCUAAGCAGAGCUUUGACCUCGAGAUGAUCACCCCGCUCGAUAGGCCCAUUGACAAGCUCGAGGAUCUUGCGCCCAGCGAAAUCAAGAACAUGAAGGAGUGGGAAGCCAUGUUCACCGGCAAGUACGGCAUCGUCGGAGAGCUCGUCAACGAGGAGGACCUCUGA